AUGUCCUCUACCACACAAUCUGCUAGUGCCACAUCCGCUACGUCGACUGGCGACAGUGGGGGCGGAGGAGGAGGUGGUGGUCCAAGUAGCUCGCCAUUAUUGUUUUUUGUCGCUCUUGGAUUUGGGGUGGUUUUCACGAAUUUAUGGAUUAUCGUUGGCGUGAAAUAUUGUUUUCGAUAUAAUCAACGCAAUCGCCAAUUGCGAAAUGAGGAAACAGGAGAACCGAUUGACCUCAUGAAUGUUGCGAGGACUCACAGAAGAAGAAGAGAAAAGAAAUUGAUGUCGAUGGACGAUGUAAAUGAACGAUUCCCGCUGAUGAAAUACAAAACAUGGCGGGCUUCACGCGUUGACAAAGGGCUUCCCAGUGAAGGAGGAAUUAUUGCCCCAUCAAGCCGACCACAGACGCCAAAAGGCGACCACAGAGAGAGUACUGGUGGAAUUGAUGAUGAUUUGCAAAGUGGUGUCGAAAAUUUUACAGUGUCUACGAAACGCCAUGAACCCGGCUCUAUAGGGCCAAACACCAGUGUCGUGGCCAGCGCGGACGAGAAAGACCAAACAGAAACCCAGACGUCUACAGAACAACCGGUUUCUGAAACAACACCUAGAAUACAGCCUGAUUCACAUACCCCGGCCUCUAUUGAGCGAAUAAUAUAUGAAGAUACCGAUGGCCCUAUCCAAACAGCCGUGCCAGCUGAACUACUCCCGAGUCCUGGAGAUUCUUGCGCAAUCUGCCUGGACCUCAUUGAAGAUGAUGAUGAUGUACGUGGUCUCACUUGUGGACAUGCCUUCCAUGCUUCCUGUGUAGAUCCGUGGUUGACGAGUCGUCGCGCCUGUUGUCCUUUGUGUAAGGCCGAUUACUACGUCCCAAAACCACGACCGGAAGGACAGGAAGCUACUACAGAGAAUGACCGACUUGGCCGCCGUGCUACAGGUCGAACUGCUUCUCUAGCAUCACCGCAGCAGGUACUUGUUGCAGGUCGAAUCAAUCCUUUUAGGACAAUUUCGAUAUUUCCCAGCCGGCUACAUUCGUCAGCGAAUACCGAAGAGAACAUUACAGGAUCGGGUCGUGAAGGAAAUGGCUUCAGAAAUCGUACGAGGGCCCCAGCAACGAGGCCCAACAACAUUGAUAAUCCAAGACCGGUCUUUUCCACAUUAAGAGACAGAUUAAACAUAUUUUCUAACACCCGAACUUCCUCCGCUCAAUCACCAACUUCUGCAGCUCCUGGUGAGCCACACCUUACUCCCCGUCAACUGGAAGCCGGUCCCGUAUCACGAGGGUGA